CAACUGCUCAGUGCACUGAGGCGCAGGUAUGGCAGAGGAUAUGUUUCUGUACUGGGGCUCCGGUUCUCCGCCUUGCUGGAGGAUCAUGAUUGUCUUGGAAGAGAAAAAACUGCAAGGCUAUAAGGAAAAGCUGUUGUCCUUCGAGAAGAUGGAGCACAAAUCGGAGGAGGUUCUGGCAAUUAAUCCUCGGGGACAGUUACCCAGUUUCCGCCAUGGGGACAUAAAACUGAACGAAUCUUUUGGAGUGUGUCUGUAUUUGGAGAGCCAGUUCAAGUCUCAAGGCACCCAGCUGAUUCCCGACUCCGGAGCUGAGCAGGCUCUUGUUUACCAGAGAAUGUUUGAGGUUUUGGCCCUGCAGGAAAAAAUCAUGGCCAUAGUCUAUUACUUCUGGAAGGUUCCAGAAAAUGAGCGCCAUGAUUCUGCUCUGGAGAGGAACAAAAAGGCACUGAAUGCCGAGCUGAAGCUGUGGGAAGGAUACUUUGAGAAGUUGCCUUCAGAUUCCCACAUUGCAGGGAAGAACUUUACAAUGGCAGAUGUAAUGCUGCUUCCACAGUUGGCCUGUGCUGUUCGCUUUGGACUGUCAAUUGAUAAAUACCCCAGGCUGUUGGAGUAUUAUACCAGAGUGAAGGAGCGACCAAGUCUCCAGGCCUCGUGGCCUCCCCAUUGGAAGGAGGACCCUCCAACCAUGGACUUGCUGAAGGGUGUCUGAGCUCCUACCAAGCAUCAUUUAAUCCUGUACCUUUUAAUUCAAGUCAUGUAAUGGACCACAUGUUGCUCCUGUUGACCUUAGAACUAACAAUACCAAUGUGAGGAUUAAGUCCUGUACAGUGCAGGCUGAUAUUUUGUUUUUGUUGCAUUAAAUGUUAUUAAACUA